CUUCUGCAGCAGAGUGCACCUCAGCCCUCUUUUCUUUCUCUCCAGCUCCGGCUUGUGACACCGUAGGGACAGAUAUCCUUAAGUCACUAAACACCCUGAAGUCCUCUAACAGGUGUCUUGUCUGGAGAGUUAAGUGGAUCACAGAAGAAGAAGAGGAAGAAGAUGCUGAGGCGAAGACCAUCAAACGCCUCGGAGAAGGAGCAGACUCAGAAGAAGAAGCUCACCUUGCAGAGGUCCAGCAGCUUUAAGGAUUUUAUGAAACACAAGCCCACCUCCCCCAAUGUGCAAGAUAAGGAGUUCACCCUGGACGACCACGAGGGGGAAUGUGAAGAAGCAGUGAAAAGUGGCAGCAAACUGGGGAAAAAAUGGCGCAAUGUCAUUUCUCGUACAAUGACCCGCAAAACAUCCAAGAUGGUGCAGAAGGCCCUGGCUGAGGAGGGGGCAGAGAGUGGGGAUGAGAUGUCCCCCGUCUCAGCUGACUUUCUUCCAGAUCUGAGUGCAGGACAGAGGACGUCUGUGUGCUCCACAGGGUCAGAGGACACCACUCCCAGCCCAGUGAGCCGCCAGCUCUCUGCCAGCAGCGACAGGCAGAGCUUGGACAGUGGUUACAGCCAGCGGGACAGCAUGCGGCUGGAGGACAGCUCUUACAACGGGCCAUUCUGUGGACGCGCUGUGGUCCACACUGACUUCACUCCCAGCCCCUAUGAUGUGGAGUCGCUAAAACUCCAAAAAGGUGACAUUAUCUACAUCAUCGACAAACCGCCUGUGGGAACCUGGACAGGAAAGCUCAACAAUAAAGUGGGUUCCUUCAAGUUCAUCUAUGUCAACCUCCUUCCUGAUGAGACCCCCCCAACCAGAAGGAAACGAUGCCACAGCAAGGGCAAGCAGUCCAAAUCCAAGCCCAAAACCUUGGAGGAAGUCCUGGAGAGCAUCGGCCUGACGGAGCUGAGCUCAUUGCUGUCCAUGCAUGGCUUCCAGAGCCUGGAGGACUUCACUGGACUGAAGGAGUCUCAUCUGAAUGAGCUGAACAUCACAAACCCAGACCACCGCUCCAAGAUCCUGAAUGCAACUGACCUGCUCAGAGACUCUGAAGAUGAGUCUGAACCAGAAGAGGAAGAGUUAGAGGAGGCCUCAGCUGAAAGCUCCAAGGAGCCGAGGGACUCUGGUUGCUUUGAGAGCUCAGAGAAUCUGGAGGGUGGCCGUGAGGAGCCAAAGACAGAGGAGCACGAUUCAAACCAGGAAACAGAGAAACAAGAGGAAAAGUCCCAGGAGGACCAGGCAGAGGAACUGGAAGCUGUCCAGGAGCAGCUGCAGGAGCUGACAGUGGAUGAUGGACAGUGAUUGUGAUGAUG